AUGGAUGAAGCUCUUCUCCCAAGAACAGGAGUAGAAGAAGAAGAGCCUAUUAGGCCAUCACCAAGGAGAGAAUUUCCUCCAUCCUACCUUGAUAUUGGACUUGGCCCCUCCAGACGCCAAUCAGCAGCACAUCUUAUAACAAAUGAUGGCAUUAUUCCAAUCAUCACAACACCCAUGUCCUCCUCCUAUGUCAACCUUAUUGCCAACUUCAGCAUCGACAAAAAGAGACGACGACUCGCCCGCCGCUCGCACUCCGCCCCGUCUGUAUUUACCGACAUCCGGGAUGAUUUUCACGACUCCAUCGACCCCCGGCCGCCACCAAAAUCGACCCCCUUAAUCGUCCGGCAAGCCUUCGUUGGUGUCAUUCUGUAUAUCAUUCUUGUGGUUACAAUAUUUUUGACAAGUGGGAGCUUCAAGGGUUGUACUACUUUUAAGCCUGUGGAUGCCCUGUACUUCACUGUGGUCACUCUUUGCACUAUUGGGUAUGGUGACAUUGUUCCAGACACCACAUUCACAAAGCUAUUCACUUGUGUUUUCAUUCUAGUUGGUUUUGGAUUCAUUGACAUUCUGCUCAAUGGGUUGGUGACAUACAUCUGUGACCGGCAGGAGGCCGUCUUGUUGAGCGCCGUCGAUGAGAAUAAGUUCAACUCAAUGGUCCGAGCAUACAUGGUGGAUACAGAGAAAGGAAGAAUGAGAAUAAGAAUCAAGGUAGGCUUAGCUUUGGCCGUUGUGAUUGGGUGUAUUGCUAUAGGGACAAUUAUGGUGCAUUUCCUAGAGGAUAUGAGUUGGGUAAAUAGCUUUUAUCUCUCAGUAACUUCAGUGACAACAGUAGGAUAUGGGGAUUAUGCUUUUACAACCACCAGAGGAAGAUGUUUUGCAGUAAUUUGGCUAUUAGUUAGUACGUUCGCUGUUGCCAGGGCAUUUCUAUACCUUGCUGAGCUUAGGAUUGACAAGAGGAAUCGCAGGAUUGCAAAAUGGGUUCUUCAGAAGAAGAUUACUGUGGGGGAUUUGGUAGCUGCAGAUCUUGAUAAUGACGGAUCUAUCAGUAAAUCCGAGUUCGUCAUAUACAAGCUUAAGGAGAUGGGAAAGAUAACAGAGAAAGACAUCUUGCUGAUUGGCAAACAAUUUGAUUUGCUGGAUAAUACCAAUUGUGGCAAAAUUACUCUGGCGGAUCUCAUGGAAGGCGACUGACUCAAACAUGGUUUCCCAAAUGGAAACGAAUGAUAAUGGCAUCUGGGAUUAUUGCCUCAGUGACAGCCAACACCAAGACCUCUCAAAACCUGGUACAGAAGAAGCAAACAAUGUGAGGAUGUCCAAUUAUACCUAGUCAAACACAAGCCAAACGAGGCCGUUGAUCCCAUCGAGUAAUUCUAGAAGUCCUCCUUAUAUAUCUCAUUCAGCGACAACGAGAUUAGAUGGUUACGCUUGUGGGGGCUAUUUUUCGCAAAUGCGUUCAUAUAUACAUAGGGAUGAUCCAUGAUCUCAAUUCAUUGUUACUCCUUACAAUUUGUUCUUAUCUCAUCCUAAAGAAUGUAUAUCCUAUAUCAUCAAUGUAAGUCAAAACUUCCCAAUACGUAAAUAGCAGAAACAUGAAUACUCCAGAGAGACAGA